AAACAGAUGCUACUCCUCCUACUGAAUCUUCGUCAACAUCUUCAUUAUCAUCAUCUUGAAUCAGAACCCCCAUCAGAAUUUCCAUUUCUGAUUUCUGGGUUCCUCCGCAUUGCCAUUGUAGAAUGAGACCCACUCUGUCUCUCACAUCAAUAUCAUCAACACCAUUAUUGUUGUGUAAAUGGUAAAAUGUCCUCGAGCAAUUUGAAAGGGUUCAUAUUGGCCGUGGUCUCUAGCGCCUUCAUUGGCUCCAGCUUCAUCAUCAAGAAGAAGGGCCUCCGCCGCGCCGGCAACAACGGAACCCGUGCCAGUUCUGGAGGAUAUGGGUACCUGCUGGAGCCUCUAUGGUGGAUAGGAAUGGUCACAAUGGUUGUUGGAGAGAUAUCAAAUUUUGUAGCAUACAUUUACGCACCCGCCGGGCUUGUGACGCCGCUCGGUGCAUUGAGUAUCAUUGUUAGUGCCGUGUUAGCGCAUUUUAUUUUAAAGGAGAAACUCCAGAAAAUGGGAAUGUUGGGCUGCCUUUUAUGCAUAGUGGGUUCGGUUGUGAUUGUACUCCAUGCACCCGAAGAGCAGACUAUCACUUCCGUACAAGAAAUCUGGGAUUUAGCUAUACAACCAGCUUUCCUUUUGUAUACAGCCUCAGUGAUAGCUGUAACGCUAGUCCUCAUCUUGUAUUGUUCUCCCCGUUAUGGUCAAACCAAUAUACUGAUUUAUAUAGGCAUAUGCUCAAUUAUUGGAUCAUUAACUGUCAUGAGCAUAAAAGCAAUUGGUAUUGCAAUAAAACUCACAAUAGAGGGCACAAACCAGGCAAUAUACUUCCAAACAUGGAUUUUUGCAAUGGUUGCAGUUACAUGUAUCAUCACUCAAUUAAAUUAUCUAAACAUGGCAUUGGACACUUUCAACACAGCAAUUGUUUCUCCCAUCUAUUAUGCUAUGUUCACAUCUUUCACAAUACUUGCAAGCGGAAUAAUGUUUAAGGAUUAUUCUGGUCAAAGCGCAAGCAGCAUAGCAUCAGAACUUUGUGGAUUCAUCACUGUGUUAUCUGGUACUGCUAUAUUGCACAGUACAAGAGAACCAGAUCCACCUUUAAUUACAGAUUUGUAUACACCAUUAUCUCCUAAAGUAUCGUGGUACAUCCAAAGCAACGGAGAAUGGAAGCAGAAGGAUGAAGAGGGUUCAAACCCUAAUUUCAUCACAGUACUUCGGCAAGACUAUUUCAAGUAGCAGAACAUGCUUAAAAUACAUACCCUUAGUUACAUCUUAUGACUUGUGCGCGGAAAGAUCCUCCCAGUUUCAUCACAUUCCCCAGCUUGAGACCAGGGACAUCCACUCGGGACUGUAAAAAUCCGCCGUGCACGCAAAACCGAGAAAUGAUUUUUUGCACCGAAUUUAUUUAUUUUUUCUCAGAUUUCCAUUCAAAUUUUUAGAGUGCAGUGUGUGCAAUUGUCAAAUAGCCAUAUAGUUCCAGGGAGCCAGUUGUUCCUCCAGACUCCCCCAUCUCUUAGUCUUAAUGUAGACAAAGAUCCAUCUCCAGUUUACAGUGAAUAGCAGUGUGAUCAAUGUAAUUGGUUCAUGUAAUCUAAUUCAAUUGAUUUAUCAAAUUACAGUUGCAAGUCGCAGCUUCGUGUUCUUCCUGAUCGAUCAUUCCCACCCAGUGUUGCUCUAAGAUUUAAGAUUUGGGAAAAUAAGGUUCAAGGUCUAGGGUUUAUGC